AGUCCACUAUCCUCUAUCAUUGUCCUUUCUUUCUCUCUCUCUCUCUCUUGUUUCUCUUUCUACAAAAAAAAAAGGUUCCAACUUUGGGGAAAACACAAACAAGUGAAGUAGUAUAGUUAUAGUAGUAGUAGUGAAUGUUUUAGGCAUGGAUGCAUAUGAAGCAACAAAGAUAGUUUUAUCAAGAAUCCAAAAUUUAGAUCCAGAAAAUGCAUCAAAAAUCAUGGGUUAUAUUUUGAUACAAGACCAAGGUGAUAAAGAAAUGAUAAGAUUAGCUUUUGGUCCUGAAACCCAUUUAAUUUCACUUAUAAAUCAAGCCAAAUCUCAUUUAGGACUUUCGUCAAACACUUCAUCUGCAACUAGUUCAAGAAUCUUGAUUCCCAACAAUGGUGGGGUUGUUGGUUUUCCUUCUCCACAUUCACCUUGUACUACUUCACCUUGGUCUACUAAUAGUUCCCUCUCUUAUGCUGCUGUUGUGAAUAAUGGUUCUAUUUAUAGUAAUAAUAAUAAUGACCAAAAUAAUGAUGACUUGUCAUUUCUUGAUGAAUCAAUUAUAAGUCCAAGUGGAAGAAGUGAUUCUUUAGUUUGGAGCAAUUUUGAGGAAACCCCACAUCUUCAUAGGAGGAGUUGUUCAGUUAAUGAUGUUUUUGUUGAUGAUAAUAAUACUAGUAGUGUGGUGGGGUUUGGUGGUUGGAAACCUUGCAUGUAUUAUGCUAGAGGGUUUUGUAAGAAUGGGAAUACUUGCAAGUUUAUGCAUAGUGGUGAUUCUUGUUCUUCACCUGAUGGAGGGUCUAGUGUUGUUGUUGGUUCUCCUAGUAGUAAUAAAGUUGACUCUUUUGAUCAUUUUUUAAGGAUGAAAGCCUUACAACAACAACAACAACAACAACAAAGGUUUGCUGCUGCUUCUCUUAUGGCUUCUGGUGCUCCUCCUCAUCAUCCUAUUGCUUACAACAAGUGUAUGAAUAUCUUGAAUGAUAACCAAAGUCUGAAUUGCAGAUCAGCUGCCGCUGCAGCAUUUAUGAUGGGAGAAGAAUUCCAAAAAUUUGGUAGGUGCCGCUCUGAUAGAAAUGAUUUUUCAGCAAUGGCAUUAGGUGGUAUUUCGAAUUCAAGUAUGCGACAAAUUUACCUAACAUUUCCUGCUGAUAGCACGUUUAAGGAGGAGGAUGUGUCUAAUUACUUUAGUAUGUAUGGGCCGGUCCAAGAUGUUAGAAUUCCGUAUCAGCAGAAGCGAAUGUUUGGAUUCGUUACGUUUGUCUACCCAGAAACUGUUAAGCUGAUCUUGGCUAAAGGAAACCCUCAUUUUGUGUGUGAUUCUCGGGUACUUGUAAAGCCCUACAAGGAAAAGGGAAAAAUUGCAGACAAGAAGCAUCCAAUUGAUAGAGGAGAGAUGUCUACCUGUUUAAGCCCAUCAGGGCUUGAAUCGAGGGAGCCAUAUGACCUUCCCUUUGGAGGAAGAAUGUUUUAUAAUUCACAUGAGAUGAUGUUGAGAAGAAAAAUAGAGCAGGAGGCUGAAUUACAGCAAGCCAUUGAGCUUCAAGGCAGAAGGUUAAUGAAUUUGCAACUGCUCGACCUGAAGAAUCAACAUCGCAAUGAUCCCUUCCCACCCAACCUCUCUCCGCAGUUUCACUCUCAAAACAGUCAUAGUUUUGUUCCUGUGUCGAAUGGCAUUGCUCAAGAAAUCCCUGCAGAAAGUAAUGAUACCCAUGAAGAUACCAAGACCCCCCCUCUUGCAGCUGAUGAGAAGGUGCCUCAAGAAAUGCUGCCUAGCGAUAUUGACAACGAAAAUGGCAGCAAAGAGCAGACCACCGAUACCGACAACUCUAAUCUUCAUGAAAGCAGCAUGGAGCACAUCCUUCCUGAUAACCUUUUUGCUUCUCCUACAAAAUCAGCUGCAGAACACCAGGCUGCAUUCUCCAGUGAUUCAGCUGAAGGUGGCAUUAGUUCGCCAAUAACUAGUGCUACUUCUAACAAUAAUAUCCCUAUGCUUCCCGCAACUUCUACCCUCAACAUGGCUUCUCUUAAAUCAUGUUACUUCCACAUGCCGAGGUUUACUUCUGGGCAAGAAGCCAUUGAAAUGUAGGUGUUAAGAGUUGUGCAUGGCUAGCUAGGAGGGAUUAACUUAGAAACGUUUGAGUGGUACUACCAUAUAGAAGAAGGAAGUAAAAGUCCUCUAGCUGUAUAGCCAAACAAUAGAAGAAAGAUCGGUAAGGAAGAUCUCCUCAAGAUUGUUGCCAUCAUCAAUACCAUACUACUUACAACAAAUACAUAAUGUAUACGUAAAAGACAGAUGAACUGAUUAAUGGGAGUGGGGUAUCUCUCUCUAUCUCUCUAUUUUGUGUACCUUCUUUGUAGUUGUGUGUUGGACCACACUGAACAAUAGCAAAAGAAUCAAAAGGCAGACUAGUAGUAACCCUUAGUAUGAUAAUAGUAGUUUCCUUCCCCUUUCCUCCCCAUCUUUUCUCUGCUUUUACUGUUGUAACUUGCUAUGAUGUAAGUAAAAAGUUAAAGUUGAAAAAUGAAAAUGUCUUUUAGAUCUCA